AACGGGACGCAGCGAAUGUGGUUGAAAUGUUCAUCUUCCGAAGGAUCGCGGUUUAUAUUGACGUUGCCACCUUUGGACGUGGCGAGGUUCGAAUCGCGCGUCAAUCCCACCGAUAUACCUAUGGCGACCAUGAGCAACAGCAAUGGAUCAACGAUGCAGAUUAACACCCGGCCCGACGACAUCCGCAAACGGAUCAUUGGAUCAGAUGACAGCGCGCAGUCAGACUCGACGGCAUGCGGGAACAUCUUGGUGGUAUUAUCGUGGAUUAUCGUAAUAUUGACGAUGCCGUUCUCCCUCUUCGUUUGCUUUAAGGUCGUACAAGAAUAUGAAAGAGCCGUCAUAUUUCGACUGGGGCGUCUUCUAUCGGGCGGUGCUAAGGGUCCCGGAAUCUUUUUCAUCCUGCCGUGCAUAGACAACUACGCGCGCGUUGAUCUGCGAACGCGGACAUACGACGUACCGCCGCAAGAGGUAUUGACGAAGGAUAGCGUUACAGUAUCCGUUGAUGCGGUAGUUUACUACCGCGUUAAUAAUGCGACCAUUUCGAUUGCGAAUGUGGAGAACGCGCAUCAUAGUACGAGGCUGCUAGCUCAAACAACCCUGAGAAAUACCAUGGGGACGCGACCGCUUCAUGAAAUAUUAAGCGAGCGGGAAACGAUCUCCGGAAAUAUGCAGGUUUCUCUAGACGAAGCCACUGAUACUUGGGGAAUAAAGGUAGAACGAGUAGAAAUCAAAGAUGUACGACUACCUGUUCAAUUGCAGCGGGCUAUGGCGGCAGAAGCCGAAGCUGCACGUGAAGCACGCGCUAAAGUGAUCGCCGCGGAAGGUGAACAGAAGGCCAGCAGGGCUCUGCGGGAAGCAUCGGAAGUCAUUGGCGACUCACCGGCUGCCUUGCAACUCCGUUAUUUGCAGACACUGAAUACGAUAUCGGCGGAAAAGAACUCUACCAUUGUGUUUCCGCUACCGAUCGACAUGAUGACAUAUUUUUUGAAAUCUCAUGCGAAUAAAGAAUAAUUGCAUGAAAGAGAAAGAGAAAGAAAGAAAGAAGGAAGAGAGCGUGCGUCUCGCAGAAUAUAACGACCGAAAAGAAGAAUAACAAUUCCCCCGAGUCUCGUUGAGGGGUGUUUUGUUUGUCGAUUUAUCCGUAUAUUUGACAUGUUUGUGUAUUACAUCUUGACGACAGAGAGUUGCCAAUAUUCGACCAAUCACUAACAAUUUCAAAUUUAACAGGCUUUAGCAGAGUGAUUUGUAACGUUGCGCGUGUGAUUUUCGUCGCACAGAAUCAACUCGAGAAUUCUAUACGACACAGACUGAAACACAUAUUUUUGGAAAAUCUUACAGAGUACAUAGACUGUAAUCGAACGACGUCAAUAUUUGCGUAUAUUCGGUCCAUAUUUGGCAAUAAUUUCACUUGCGUCAAGUAUACAUUUGUGAUUAAUAAAUUCAAAUGGUGAAAAAAAUGCAAUGAUCGAAAACAGUUAAUCCGUUCAUCACAGAUCUUGCACUGCCACUAAUGCCAGAUUUGUACAAAAUGCGAUAUCGAUUUUACGACAUUAACCAAUCGAUCCGUAUAAAUGAAAUUUAUUUAGUACAAAUAAUUAUUCGAGAUAAAUGGCAAGGAGCGAUUCUUUCUAUCUUGUCAAUUUUGUGAUAUGCGACAACAUUGAAUUACUACCACUUAAUAAUCAACAAUGAAAGCAAUUUAAAUCUUGCCUAUUUCGCUUACGGUACUAAAUUACGUUCGGUCGAGAAAUAGAUUCAUUUCACGAUACAUAUCCCUCGAUAAUUUUACACUUUGAUCAUGUGGUGCUAGUUAAAACGCUUAUCGCUAAUACUGGUAAUAUUGCCACGGGCGCUUAAGUGUUAAGAAUAAUUAAUUUUACAGUCACUAGAAAUAUAUAUACUUUAGCGGCCUGUAACGAUUGCUUGGUCCAACAUCGGCAACUCUUGCUAGGGAUAUUAAUACAUUGUUUACUCAAUCAAUCACUAACGCUUUGAUAUUUUUACGGUUAUCUUGUAAAGAGAAAAGGAAGAAAAAAUAUCGGGUACAUAUGUAUAGAGAUGAUCUCGGAGAACGUUCAGUAUUAUUUAUUCAAUAAAAUGCAAAAUUGAAUUGAAUAAGUAUAGCUAUUCGCGUAAGAGCACGUAGAAUAAUUAAAUAAUAAUCAAAUCAUCGAAGAAUACGUGUGCAUCUAAUAACAUUUUUGCUUAAUAAAUUUCUUCUUAUUUUCGGACGUCUACCCCAUUACUUCUUUAAUUUAUUUUUUGUGUUGUAAAUAAUUUCAAUGUUAUUGCUCUGUAGUUAUUAUAACGGGAUAACAUUUUAACGUUUUAACAUUAGCUAUUCAAAGGUAAAUGCGAAUCACAUGUUGAAUUAUAUCGAAUGAAACGAUGGAAGAAGUAUUGUACCGUUUUUAAAAGAUUCGUAAGGAAAAUUUAUUGUAACAGUGAUGGUUGUUAGACUGUAGAAUAAGAUCAGUUCCCUUGACAUAACAUUCUUAAAGCGAGCCGAUCGUGCACUUCCGAGUAUGUUUUAAAGGCGAAUGGUAUCUGAUUUGCGUUAGAAUAGAGAACGUUUCGAUUUGUAAUGCGUAAAGCGAUAACGAGAAACGAUUGUAAUACCGCUGUACGGUUAAACGAUAGAGGCAGCGGUUCACUUGACGCUACAAAUGCUUCGAAGCAUUCCUCUUCUCUUUUCUUUCAAUGAAGAAAGAAGGAGAAGAAGAACGCUCCAAAGCAUUUGUAGCGUCAAGUAAACCGCAGCCAGAAUUAUGGUUUUAACGUUGUUCCUCCAACGUCUGAUAUAUUAAUAACUAUGCAGUGUCUCACGAAAAAUUGACCAAGCAUUCCAAGAACAUUUGAAGAAAAGGUUUGGAAAUCUAUUAUUUUAGAGGAACGUAUUUUAUUUGUACCUUCUCAAGCAAGCUGCAAAAAGCUUUUUUCUAUAAUAUACUCUUUUCUUCUUCGUGAUGGGACCAACGUAUAUCGAAUUUUGAACAUAUAACACAAAUUUUCAAUAUUAUAAUUCUAAUUAUGGUUAUAAUAAAUUAAAACCAAAUAGUUUUUAAAAGAGUCUUGAAUAUACCUAAAGUGCGGGGAGUUUUAAAAAUUUUGAAGAUAUUGAAAUGUGUAUAUCCUUUCUCUUUCAUAACGCUUUACAUUGUUUCACGUACACAAUCCAUUUUAUUUUAUACAUAUACUGUUAUUUUUAAAAAUUUGUAAAAUAUUUUAGAUAUAUUCUCGAACUUAAAAAAAAAGAUUUUCUAGACACAUAAAUUCAAGACUUUCUAGAAUUUGUAAUUUCAAAUGAUAUCCAAAGGCAACCGGAGUCUUUGACAAUAGAAUUGUUCGAAAACAUUUAGAAGAAGAGAAUUAAUACUCAGACCCAUCACUACUUCUCCUUUCUCUCUCUUUAUUAUAUAAAUAAAAUAUAUAUAUAUAAAUCAUAAGGUUUUUAAAAUAUUUGAUCACUUUUAUGGGUAAUUACAUAUUUGAAAUAGUAUAUAUUGUGUCCCGAUGCGUAUUCUCUGCAUAUAUAUACAGUAUGUGUCCCCUGUUAGAUUAAAAAAAUUUAAUAUAUGGUAAAAGAGAUCCAGAUGAGAGUAAUUACUUGACUGCUUGAACGAAUGGUUUAGUAAAGUAUAUGACAAUUUUUAAAUAAUAAAUGAUUAAGGAGUUAGCCAUUCGCGAGGUCCUGUUUCCGCAUUCAGAAACGUAUAGCAGUGGCAUAAUUAUAAACGUAACUAAACGGUGAUUGGAACUAGUGAACGAUCAAUUUUAAUCGAUAUUAUUUAAAAAUCAUUAUAUCUUUAAUAUUAUAUUCAAACAUAAUUACUCUCGUUUCAAUUGAUACCCUUCAUUAUUGUCUCUCAUCAAAUUUAUUAUCUCAUCAAAUUUUUUUGAACUUGAUGGGGUGCGGCCUGUAUAUACCGUAUAUUAUAUGUAUACAUACAAUAUUAUAUACAUAUAUAGUCUAUACACAUACGCACGCGCGCGCGCGUUUAUAUGUGCAUUUUGUCUACAAGCACACACAUUACUGGAAUUUUGUGCUUUCUAAGAGUAAGAUGGAGAAAGCUGUCUCUCUCCAAUUUUAUUAAAUGUAUAAAUGCAUGUACA